AUGGAGGCCAUUCAGACCCACCCCUCGAACGCUGCGCAGGCCAAGGCGUUCACGGCGCCUGGCUCGCUCUCGUUCCCCGGCGGCGCGAACGAGUUCGCAAACCAGGCGGCGCAACCCAACGGUAUGGCAACCAACGGCGUUCAGCAGCAGGGCGUUCAAGCCACGAACGGUACUGGGGUGACUCCCGCGACCCCCGCUGCGACGCCAGGAGCUGGCCCCGCGGGCCCGAGUGGCAUCACUCCCACGCUCCAAAACAUCGUUGCCACGGUCAACUUGGACUGCCGUCUGGACCUCAAGACGAUCGCGCUGCAUGCUCGUAAUGCGGAGUACAAUCCGAAGCGUUUCGCCGCUGUCAUCAUGCGCAUUCGCGAGCCGAAGACUACUGCUCUCAUUUUCGCCAGUGGCAAGAUGGUUGUGACCGGUGCAAAAUCCGAGGAUGACUCGAAACUUGCGUCUCGCAAAUACGCCCGCAUCAUCCAGAAGCUCGGCUUCAACGCGAAGUUCACCGACUUCAAGAUCCAAAAUAUUGUCGGAUCCUGCGAUAUCAAGUUCCCGAUCCGUCUCGAGGGUCUCGCGUCGAAGCAUCACAACUUCAGCUCGUACGAGCCGGAACUUUUCCCUGGUCUGAUCUAUCGCAUGAUCAAGCCGAAGAUCGUACUUCUCAUCUUCGUGAGCGGCAAGAUCGUCCUCACCGGUGCCAAGGUCCGCGAGGAGAUCUACCAGGCAUUCGAGAUGAUUUACCCCGUGUUACAAGAUUUCCGCAAGGUUUAA